CUUUUUUGCUAAGCUGAGAAAUGGCUGCCCCCAAGACCCAGGGGGCUGUUGCCGGACUGAAGGAAAAAGAUCGUGAGAGCUGCAGUGGAGUCGAAGGUGUAGACUGUGAAGAAAGUAAUAGUAAGGAUUGUAUCUUGGAGCCGCUUUCCCUGCCAGAAAGUCCAGGUGGCACCAUCACUUUAGACGGUUCUGCAUCUGUGCCUUGUAUUUUCUGUGAAGAGCAUUUUCCUGUUGCUGAACAAGACAAACUUUUGAAGCACAUGAUUAUUGAGCAUAAACUUGUCAUUGCUGAUGUUAAGCUGGUUGUUGAUUUCCAAAGGUACAUUUUAUAUUGGAAGAAAAGGUUCACUGAACAGCCCAUCACAGAUUUUUGUAGUGUGAUAAGAAUCAAUUCCACAGCUCCACUUGAAGAACAAGACAAUUAUUUUUUGUUGUGUGAUGUUUUGCCAGAAGAUAGAAUUCUUAGAGAAGAGCUUCAGAAGCAGAGACUGAAAGAAAUUCUGGAACAACAGCAGCAAGAACGAAAUGAUAUCAAUUUCCAUGGCAUUUGUAUGUUUUGCAAUGAGGAAUUCGUAGGAAACAGAUCUGUUCUUUUGAACCACAUGGCCAGAGAGCAUGCUUUCAAUAUUGGAUUGCCAGACAACAUUGUAAACUGCAGUGAAUUUCUUUGUAUGUUACAGAAGAAGCUUGACAAUUUGCAGUGCUUAUAUUGUGAGAAGAACUUUAGGGACAAAAAUACACUUAGAGAUCACAUGAGAAAAAAGCAGCAUCGCAGAAUCAAUCCUAAGAACAGAGAAUAUGACAGAUUUUAUGUCAUCAAUUACUUGGAACUUGGAAAAUCAUGGGAAGAAGUUCAGUUGGAAGAUGAUGGGGAGUUCCUAGACCAUCAGGAAGAUAAAUGGUCUGAUUGGGAAGAACAUCCUGUGUCUGCUGUCUGUCUAUUUUGUGAAAAUCAAGCAGAAACAAUUGAGAAAUUAUAUGUUCACAUGGAGGAUGCACAUGAAUUUAAUCUCCUCAAAAUAAAGUCAGAACUUGGAUUAAAUUUCUAUCAGCAAGUAAAACUGGUCAAUUUCAUUCGAAGACAAGUUCACCAAUGUAGAUGUUAUGGCUGCCAUGUGAAAUUCAAAUCCAAAUCAGACCUAAGGACUCACAUGGAAGAAACUAAACAUAUUUCACUACUUCCUGAAAGAAAGACAUGGGAUCAACUAGAGUAUUAUUUUCCAACCUAUGAAAAUGACACUCUCUUGUGUACACUGUCUGACAGUGAAAGUGACCUGACAGCUCAGGAACAAAAUGAAAAUGUUCCCAUUAUCAGUGAAGAUACAUCUAAACUAGAUGCUUUGAAACAAAGUAGCAUUUUGAACCAGUUGCUGCUUCAAGAGUGCUUGAAAAACUAGAAGAAACUGCUGCAGAAACAGUUUCAUGUUUUUCUUCUGUGAAACUUAUAGAAUAGUUUAAAUUUGAACACCAGCAAAAUAUUAAUUCUUGAUGAAAUGAUUUUUUGUAGUGAAUGCUGUUUUCAAAAAAUUAAGUUGAAAAAUAAAAUGAGGACUUUAUAUA